AACUCAUAAAACCCCAGCAAACGUGCUGUUUCUUGAUUUGCUAUGAAUGAACAAAAACCUCAAGUUCAGGAGCUGAGUCCCUGGACAGAUGAAGUACCCAUCAGCACAGAGUGGUACUCAUGGGAAUAUGAUGCCAAGACGCCAGCCCUGCCCGAGUUGUGUGAAAAGGAGACCAUCCGCGCUGUGGCACGGAUCUACCUGCCGGUGAUGGCCAUCCUGUUCUGCCUGCUGGGCGUCCUGGGCAAUGGGAUAUUGCUGGUGAUCCGUGCCUGCUACCACCCCACCCAGGCUCUUGGCGAUAUCCUCCUCUUGCACCUGGCUGCCUCUGAUUUGCUGCUCCUCUUGACUCUCCCUGUGGGUGUGGCUGGGGUGGUAGGCAGCUGGCACCUAGGCUCUGCUGCUUGCCAGGCCCUGCAGGGCCUCCAUGCCAUGACCUCCUACAGUGGCUUCCUGUUCCUCAUGGGCCUCACUGUGGACCGCUACAUGGCUAUUGUGCAGGCCCCCACUGCCCACCGCCUGCGUCCCACAGUGGCCCGUUGGGCCAGACUGAGCUCAGGGCUGGUGUGGCUGCUCUCAGCUGCUCUAGCCCUGCCCCAGUUCUUGUAUGCUCGGGUGGAGGAUUAUGACGGCUUCGCGCUCUGCAGAGUAGCCGUUGUGACGGCUGCAGUGAGUCUGAUCCAGGUGGGUUUGGGCUUUGUGCUGCCCUUUGUGCUCAUGGUGGUCUGCUAUGCAGCCAUUGCCCACACCCUUCUGUCCACCCCUUGUGUCCAGUCCCAGAAGGCCUUGCAGUUGAUCUUGGCCUUGGUCUUGCUCUUCUUAGUCUUGCAGCUGCCCUAUGCUCUGCUGACUCUCCUGGACACGGCCGACCUGGUGGGCCAGCAGGCCUCAAGCUGCCCAGCUAUCCUCCAGCGUGAGCUUGCCCUGCUCAUCACCAGUGGCCUGGCUUUGGCUCGCUGCUGCCUGAACCCCGUCUUCCAUGCCUUCCUGGGCGUGCGCUUCCGGAGGGAUAUGCAGCUGCUGGUCAAGGAUGCCGGCUGCCGGCUGCAGGGGGCAUGCUGUGGCAAAAGGGCCAAGAAGAGAGGCAGCCGACAGGCAUCAUCGCUCACCACUGCCUGUUUGGAAGGAACAUCAGGAGCGCCAUGAA